CGGAAUUCCUCUAUUGCAAAAAGUGCAUCAUGACAGCCCUCCUCCCGAGCACAAAGCGUCUCAUCGAUGGCCUCUUCAGCGCCAGUGCGUUGGCUCGCACUCAUCUCAGUCGCUCCAUUACGUUGGUGGAGUCUUCUCUUCCGAAGGACCGCGUCCAGGCCGAGCUUCUCUUGGACCACGUCUUGGCGCAGCGCAAGCUGCACCAUGCGGCCAAAACAGCGUCGUUCCGCGUGGGGAUCGCCGGCCCACCCGGUGCAGGGAAGUCAACGUUCAUCGAAACGCUGGGUCUAUCCUUGACGCAGAAAGGUCACAAGGUUGCGGUUCUGGCCAUCGAUCCGUCGUCGUCCGUGACUGGCGGGAGCAUCCUCGGGGACAAGACGCGCAUGACCCACUUGUCGAAUGCACCGGAUGCGUUUGUGCGUCCAUCUCCCACGCGCGGCACCCUCGGCGGCGUGGCUCAACACACCAACGAAAUCGUGCUGCUCUGCGAAGCAUGUGGGUACGACAUCGUGCUGGUCGAGAGCGUGGGACUGGGUCAAAGCGAGAUUGUCAUCGACGACACGGUGGACUUUGUCAUGCUUCUCGUGCCGCCCGCCGGCGGGGAUGAGCUUCAAGGGAGCAAGAAAGGCAUCAUGGAAAUUGCCGACAUUGUCGUGGUCAACAAGGCGGACGGAGAGCUGAAGAGGUAUGAUAGAUACCUACCUAGUUAUAGUAUAUGUUCUAUGGUGGAGAUGUACAUAUAUAUAUAUAUAUAUGUACACGGGGUAGCGCUGCCAAGCACACUGCGGUCGAUUACAUGCAUGCAUUGCAACUGGUGAGACGCAAAGACCCAGCUUGGAAGCCCGUGGUAAACACAUCUGUGCCUAUAAUACUGUUAUAGUGAACGUUGUUUGGCAGGUGAAAAUGUGUUCUGCGAGGGAGGGCGACGGCGUGGAGGGGGUGUGGGACGUGCUCACCGAGUUCCGGCAACUGAUGGCGUCCAAGAUGGAGGCGAAGCGCAGCAAACAGGCGUCCAAGUGGAUGUGGAACCAGCUCACGGAAGAGCUGCUGCUGCUGGCCAAGAAGAAGGCGGCGGCUGAGGCCAAGCGACUGGCGCCGGAUCUCGCGCACGGAUACAUCAGUCCCCGGUCAGCGGCGCAUCACUUGAUGGACGCCAUCUUUAAAGACACCAAAUAGAUGACGAUAUCGUACCCUCU